UUUCCUGCUGAUACUUGAACUUGCACACAGCUCAUCCGCGCUCACACACAGAACACACACACACACACACAUGCACGAGCGUCCAAACACCAGCGUGCACGCGCGUCAGACAGUCUAGCCUCUCUGGCGCGAGCUUGUGCAUUAGAGGAGUUGAGAAAAGCUUCCAGAAGGGAAUAAACCGCACCGCGGAGCGCGUGCACUCAGGAUGUGAGCCGUAAAACCGACUUGACAGCAACCAGGUCUAAGCCUCUAGAUUCCUUCUUUCAGUUUUCUGCACUUGCUGAAACAUCCCCAUCUGUUUCAUAACAUUCUCCAGAAGUCAGAAGUCAGGCUUCACGUCUUGUGAAGCAGUGCACCUGUUGUAUUCCGUGCUACAAGUUGUGUCGGGCUUUUUAAAAGCGUGCAGCACAAGUUGGGUCUGUGGAUGAUGAUGAUGAUGAUGAUGAUGAUGGUGAGGAUGAGGAUGAUGAUGAUGGUGAUGAUGGUGAUGUGCUGCUGGAGUUUGGGCUCCGGUGCCGCGCGCGGGGAACCGCAGGCUCCUCACGAGGACACGCUGGACUUCGGCUUUGUCCCGGCGGUGGUGUACGAGACGCACGCGCACUAUGAACCCGGAGCCGUGGACGUGCUGUUUCACGUAGUGCACGCGUUUCUGCACACGGUACAACCAAACCCGUUCCCUGCAGAUCUUAUUGUCAGGAUGUUGCAACAAAACAUGAAUGGAAUCAAACCAGAGGAGCUCCAGAAGCCGGAGAACAUUGUCCUAACGCUACAGGCCAUUUAUUAUGAGAUCGGCUUCAUCGUGCUGGCAGCGCUGGGUGUUGUGUUCGUGCUACUGAUGCCGCUGGUGGGUUUAUUUUUCUGCUUGUGUCGGUGCUGUGAGAACUGCGGAGGCGAGAUGCACCAAAGGCACCGCAAAAACGCUGACUGCCAACGUGGCUUCUAUACAGUCUCGCUUAUCACGUCAUCUGUGUUUAUCGCAGUGGGUGUACUGGUUGCCUACACAGGAAGCCACAACAUCACAUCCCAGAUCAAAAGUACCAAACGACUCGUCAGCUCCAACAUAAAAGACCUGAAAUCACUGGCCAGUUAUACACCAGCGCAAAUCGAGUAUCUGACUGCACAAUACACAACAGCCAAAAAUAAAGUUCUCUCCAAUCUAGACAACAUUGGGCCGUUGUUGGGUGGGCAGAUACACAAGCAGCUGGACAGAGAUGUGAUGCCAGCGCUAGACAACGUACUGCGCAUGGCAGCAGUCAAAGUGGAAAGUGCUAUUAAAGCAAUGCGAGACACUAAGGAGGCUUUAGAGAAUGUGAGCACAUCCUUAGAGACGUUACAAGAAGCUACUACCAAGCUGCGGAGGUCUUUACAGUCGGAGCGCAGUUCACUCUCAAACACACUCCACGAUCCAGCCUGCAGCAGCGGAAACGCCACACACACGUGCGACAACAUCCGGGCCGCACUCAACCGGCUCGCUGUCAGCGCCAACUUUAAUGGGCUACCAGAUGUCAGUCCUCAGUUAGCAAAUCUAGAAACUGUGAUGGAGACGGAUCUCAGCUACAUUGUACAGAAGGGCUAUUCUGCUUUUAAUGACACUUCCAGGAUAGUGAGCGAACAGACACAAGACUUCGUGAACAAAGUGAAGGCUUUGUUGGAUAAGUCAGGAGCAGAAAUUGUUGCUUUCACCAAUACGUUCCCGGUGGAACCAGCACUGGAGAACUUCACUCGGUUUCUGACAGAAGCAGAGAAGGACAUAGAAGCGCUCUACCCACAGAUUGACCAGUUUGAUUUUUACAGGUGGAUAGGGUGUGUGGUGCUGUGCUGCAUGGUUGUGCUGAUCUUGGCUUUUAACCUUCUGGGUUUGAUGUGUGGAAUGUGUGGCCAUGAUAAGAACACCACACCUACAACACGUGGCUGCCUCUCAAACACAGGCGGCAACCUCCUCAUGGCAGGCGUUGGCUUUAGCUUCAUCUUUUCAUGGGUGCUGAUGGGAGUUGUGGUCACCACUUUUGUUACUGGAGGAAAUGUGGAGAAGCUCGUUUGUGAGCCUCUGGCCAACAGACAGCUGUUUAUGAUCAUAGACGCACCAUACGUGGUCCAUCCUGGCAAAAAGAACUUCCUCCCCGGAAUGCUGUUCCAAAACCACAACAUUGAUCUUACCAUCGGCAGCCUGUACAGUGAUUGUUAUGAGAAUAAUGGCAUAUAUUCUGCACUACAACUGGAGAACCAAUUCCACUUCAUCCAGUUCGUCAACAGAACCGUGAAUAACCAUAAUCUGGCAGAGAUAUUUGAAGGGGUGAUGGUAGACUUGGAAGGAAUAAUCCUGCUGGAAGAAGAAGGAAAAGAUAAUCUCAUCAAUUUUGCCAAUGCAGGCCUUGGGGACAUCAACUAUGAGGCCUACCUUUCAGAGGUCAAUAAAGGAGUAACUGUUGUAGAUCUUCUCUCCUUUGCCAAUGAAUUGGAGGCCGAGGCAGACCAUCUGCCGCGUGGUGCUCUCGGAAAUGCACUAAAAGGCCAUGCUAGCAGCAUCAGACAGAUCCAUAAAGAGCAAGUAGUGCCCAUGGAGCAAGCCAUGAAAUUUGUCAGAGCCAGGAGCUCAUUAAGUCAAAGUAUCAGGUUACUACAGACCACAGUUGAAGAACUUCCUACUAAAGUGACUAAUGUGCUGAGUGCCAUUGAUGCAGCUGAGUAUCUAAUUGCCAACAAUGCUUCACAUGUGGUCAAAAAGGAGACAGAUAAAUACACAAAGAAUCUGAUGGGAUACCUCAAACAAUAUGUUAACUGGGUUCAGCUUUCGUUAACGAUGGAGGUAGCUCAAUGCAAACCCAUCAGUAACAUCAUUGACUCGUUGGAGAUUGUUGGCUGCAGUUUCAUAGUGGACUCAGUGAACACAUUCUGGUUCGGUCUGGGUGGCUGCUGUUUGUUCCUUAUCCCCAGUAUCAUCAUGUCUGUCAAACUUGCCAAAUUCUACCGCAGAAUGGACACAGAGGAUGUAUUUGAAGAUAAACAGUGGUGGAAGCUAAAAGCUCAGAAUUUCAGGAAAACAGAGAUAGAAGAGACUUCGCACAAACAAUGAGACUACACUUGGCACAGAGAACUGGAGUUAAACAGUCCAGCAAUGGAGUGACCUAGGCCUAAUUUCAUUCCAAAGGAAAAAGAAAGAAGAUGAAAUGGGGAAAGGGAAAUAUGCAGAAGGUGAUACUGAUUGCUUCCAUAAAGCCAAAUUAUAUCACAUUCUAAAGCUAUGAACUGUAUUAAAGCUGUCUUAAUUACUGUAUUACAUCAUCAACUUAAAAACAUACCUAAUACUUUUGACCAUCUGAUGCACUGCUGCUUAUAUAUUAACACUUAUCUAUGGUGUUGAAAAUAUCAUGACCAUUACUUUGUUUACUAUAAGAAGCUACAGCCUUUAUAGGCUGUUCCUUUCUAUUUAAAACCUGAGGAUUUUUUAAAAAACUUGUAUAUUUAAAAAAAAAAAAAAGACAAAACAACUCUAUAAUUUUUUUUUGUAAAGCCUUCAUAAGGGCAUAAUGACUGUGAUUAUACUUUAUCCUUUGUAAUUUGUUAACAUUGUUCUAUAAGCCUACUUAUAAACGCUAAAAAUGCUUUGUAAAUCUCCAAUAAUGUAUUAUAAUGAAUUUAUUGAUGAGUUAUAAACAUUAUGUAGUUCUAUCAUCAAAUCAUUUGAUUUAAUUCUAAUUCCUUGCUAGAACUUUGAUUGAUUUUUAAAUAUGUAUUGUGUUUUAUAUAAUUGGGGGACAGCAUGCUUGUAAGGCAAAAAAAAAAAAAAAAUCUAAUAACUCUCAAGUGCUUUAUUGGAGUUUUAUGAGGUUUUAUAAGCUUUAUAAGGUAUUAUAAUAAUUAUUAUUGAAUUAUUACCAAAUUACAAAGAACAUUAAGCAAAGUUAUAAUUAUUUAUGAAUGCAAAGUUAAUAGUUUUUAUAAAAAGUAGUAAUUCUUGUAAUUUUCCAAGAAUGAGUUUGAGACAACUUGGCAAGGAACUUUUUUGAGUAAAUGUUGAUCUAUGACAAUCAGCUUCCUAAAUUGUAAUAUGAUUUCUGAUCAUUUGAACUUUGAAAUAUGAGCUCAGUAGAAAAAAAAUGGUUGUGUACAUUCUAUCCUUGACAGAAAACCAACUUUGUUUCAAACAUUAACUAGCUUUUUGAAGGUUGAUAAAAGAAGGUUAUAUAAAUUGAAAAUAAACCUUAUAUAAAAAUGUGUUUUUAAUUAUUUUCAUCUAAAUCUAUUUAUGUUCGUUUUAAUAUAAUGAAUAACGAACAGAAUUACUGUCUAGUUUUAUAGAAAUUAACAUAAAUGUUUGCAUAUUGAGGUUUUUCAUUGUAAGUCUUUUGUAACCAAAAAGUAUUCUAAACCCAAAUGACCCAGAUCUUACUAAUUUGAAGUAAAGCCUCAAAAUCUUUAUGUUAUAAAAGUUUUACUGGUCCUAGCAUACAGCUGUUAUUAGACAGUUGACAACUGUGUAUAAUUCCUUGAUUUUUUUUUUCUUGUCUUAAUUUCCAGUGGCUUACUGUAUUUGCUUAUUAAUUUCUCUUAUUUUGAAAAUGUGGUGGUUUAAUUUGUGAAACAUGAAGUGUUCCAUUUUAAAUACAGUAGUUGUUUGCUAAAUCUGAAGCUUUGAGGAAGACCUUCAUUUGUAUUACACAUAAUAUGCAUCACAUCUAAUGAUGAAUGAAAGCUUAUUUACAUAAACUAUCCCUAAAUAACUUUUAUUCAUUAUUUAAAAAAAGUUUGAAUCAAAUGUUGAUUUAAAGACAAUGCACACAAUUAUAUUCAGCACUAAAAAAGACAGGAGAAUAUAUAACAGAAUUUGUUGAGCAUUUAAUCUGAAAAAGAAGUGAAUAAAUGAAGUUGGAAUUGGAGUGGUAGGUAAGUUUACAGGUAAGAUUUUUAUGCUAGUGACUCAAAGACUGUAAGGAGUGUCAUGUUGCUGCUUUCUCUUGACUCUAAACUGAUCAUAUUUAUCCUUGGAAUGGAUUUUGCCAAAUCAAUACAUGUAAAAUUAGUUGAUUCAUGCUUGAUUCAUGUACUUUGCAGACACUGAAUACAGAUGGUAUUCUUCUGUUUGGAAAGUUUGUGUGUGAACUUGACUUAGAUUUACAUUUAUUCAUUUGGCAGAUGAAUAUUUUAAGGUGAGACAGAAUACAAUUCAAGCAAAGAGCUGAGGGUUAAAAGCUUUGCUCAUGUUCCCAACUGGGCCUCUCUGGCAGUUCUGGGACUUAAACUUAACCUAAAUCUCUAAGCUACAUAUGUUAAAACUGUCUACACAGAGUGUAUGUGGAGUUUCAUAUGGAGUUUGUGUAAACAGGAAAAUAAAAACUUACAUUCACUGAAAAUUCCCUGGACUGUCUUCUGCUUUGCUAAUGUAUCUGAUACAGACAGAGACUGGUGAUUUAGUUUAUAUCAUCUUAUAUUAUAUCUUCAUAUUAACCUU